AUGGACAAAGAAUGGGAUGCAGAAAAUGGCCCAUCAGUGUCUUCCACGAACACUGCUCUCAUCCGCAGAAUGGCUGGACUUCGGUCCGCGGGAAGUCCAUGGGGGCAUCGAGACCUGCAAAGAUCCUUGUCCGUAGUCGUCUACGGUUUGGGAGUAUACACGCCAGACGGCCGCCCGGUCCACCGCGACGGCGCAACAAUGGCCUCCCCCUCCGAUGACGAUGGCGGCGUGCACGCCAUGAACGAAGUGGUCAUCCACCGUGGCAAACAACCGCACCUUGCCAUCGUCGAAGUCUACGUGGGCGGGCGUUUCCUCACCGAGGCUGUCGCGGACGGAAUGAUCAUCUCCACUCCCACGGGCAGCACUGCAUAUAGUCUCAGCAGCGGCGGGAGCAUCAUCCACCCGCUCGUCCCUUCGUUGCUAGUCACACCCAUCUGCCCGCGUAGUCUUAGCUUCCGCCCACUAGUCAUCCCAUCCAGCACGCCCGUGACGCUGAGACUCAGCGAGAAGAACCGCGGGCGCGAGGUUGAGGUUAGUAUUGACGGGGUGAUGAUGGCGCAGGGAUUGAGGGUUGGGAUGGAAGUGAGGGUGUGGGGAGAAGAGAUUGAGAAGGAGAAUGGGGAGUGGAAGGGGGGCAUUCCGUGUGUGAUGAGGAAAACGUUGGGAGAUGGGAAUGGCGGAAAUGGCGGCGGCGAUGCGGCCGAUGGGUGGGUCGGGGGGUUGAAUGGGUUGUUGAAGUUUAAUUAUCCUUUUGGGUCAGACGCAUGA